CUCUCGUUCACAAUAGAAAAGAGAACCUCAGGGCUUUUUUACGUUAAUUUUACACCGAAGUAUAGUUUUGUUCAAUAGAUAUAUUAAGGAUUGAUAUUGGUAUUUCACACAUCGAUCGGUCUGAAGCAUAUGAAAAAAUGUAGAAUUCCAGCUAAUACAGCUUGCUAAUUGUUUUUAGACCACAUUACCGUUUCAUUGUAAGGAUGAAGAAGUUAUUUACCAAAAAAUAUUUAUAGAAGAAGAAGCAAUCCUUCACAAAACGUUUGAAUUGAAUUCUGAAAUUGCUACCUUUUGAGGUAGCCUCUGCGAAGCUAUAUCUCUAAAUAACCUUCCCUUUUAAGCCAAAUAUUCCUUAUCAAAACACUAUAUAAAUAUAUCUUGCUUUAGAAACCAUCAUUCCAAUGAUUCCUUUGAUUGCGAGCUAGUGUCUUCCCGGCACGAUCAAACAAAUCCAAUUGCUUUUCCUGUUACAAAAAAAAAAAAAAUAAAAAAAAAAUCUGUUACAGGAGAAAUUCAGGCAUAAAGAUGUUAUUAUGCAGUCUAGUUGUGUCGUACACGACUAUAAAACCUUUGGCAAGUGUUUUGGGCAACCAUAUCCUCAGAAGCAACCAAUUUCAUGUUACUAAAUAUUUUGUGAAAUCCCUCUUCACUGAUUAUGUCUUAACCUUCCCGGGUCAAAUGAAGCAUUCAACUUGAAUAACUACUUGCGUUCAUUGUUUUCACGUCAUUCGAAUUCAUUUUAAGUAAAAUUUUGAUAUUUAACUGUGACUAAAAGCGCUUAUUUUGUGCAAUCAAUGAACUUGGCUGAUCUAUUAAUAUUCUUAAUAAAGGCACCUACCUCUACCUUGUCUUGUCUUGUCUUGUCUUCAUUUGUCCAACUAGCCAAGUACCAAACGGAACUCUUAUUUACAAAGUUGAUGGAGAAACCCUCUAUACAACAUGAUAUUGAAGACCUGUAUUUAAACCAAAAUGAGAUUGUAAUUCGUAAUUCCCAUUACCAUCCUGUCAAGAAAUGUAUGGAGAAUAAACACCAAAGGUUCGUGACAAAUUUAUUUGGCAUUGUUAAAACAUUUACUCCCAAAAAACAAAGUCUUAGGGGGACGUGUGAUUGGGUAGUGACAGUAGAGCUUUGGGAUCCGAGUUGUCAUCCUAAUGCCGAAGGGUUGCGAAUACACUUGUUUAGUAAAACCGAAUAUGAUCUACCUGAAAUCACUGAAGAAGGUCAGAUUCUUUUGCUGCAACACAUAACAAUCCGACCUUACAGAGAUAGCAAACAGGGACUCUCCAAGACUGACUUCACUUACCAGUUAUGGAAUAAAGAUUUAGGAAAUUCAUCUGGUAAUACAUUCCGGUUAUUUCACAUAAGCACCGAAGAAGUAGAGAUCGCGAGGCUACUUAGCAUCUGCUGGCAAAAGCACUUUGAGUCACAGCAUACAGAAAUCGAAAUUCGUCCCCCUUCAAUCCAAACUUCUUCCAAUAUUGGACGUGAAUUGGAUACCAAUCAGGAGACGGCAGUCGUUACUCUUUCUGAAAUCCGCCCUUCUAAGCGAUUUACCUUCUAUGGUCAGGUUGUCAAAACGUGGUAUACACAAAAAAAUUUUACCUUGUUUGUCACAGAUUUUUCAGAAAAUGAGUUUUUUUAUCCAGUAACUCGCGAAACAGCCCCGCAUAUGCGAUGGAGAGGCCCUCAAGGUCGCUAUACUGUAAGAUGUAUACUUUGGGAUGAGCAUGAUUAUUAUUGUCGUAACUAUGUCCAAGAAGGAGAUUACGUUUUUAUAAAAAAUGCCCGGGCUAAACUUGAUCGAAUUGGUCAACUAGAAUGUGUAAUGCAUGGUGAUCCUGGUCAAAAAUAUAAGAGCAGUAUUGAGAAAGUUGAUCCUAGUGUCCCCGAAUUGAAUAGUCUGAAGGAAAGAAAAAGAAGUUACGUUAAGAAUCAGGAAGUGUCAGAAGACUCUGGUAAUACUGUAAAUGAUCAAGUCAAUCCUUUCAUUACGAGAGAAAUCAACUAUCCUGAGGCCACCGAUAUCACUGCUCAUGUUUAUAACGAUGCAUCAGAAAUUGCAAUGACGACGAUAUCAACUAUUUUACAUUCUCCUCUUUCUUCCAUUACAACACCUCGAAAGCACAGGCUCAGAGUGCAAAUAGUGGAUUUUUGGCCUAGGGAUUUGACAAAGUUUUCUGUUCCUAUAUCAGAUUCUGAUGUUACUGAAUAUAAAUGGAUGUUCGUCUUUCUUGUUAGAGACGCUUCUAGAACAACAUUGCCGGUAAUUUUUUAUAACGAAGAUGCUCAAACACUAUUUAAUACCUCUACUAUCUAUCCCUGCAAUUUGAAAACCGAGAAUCAGGUUUUACUUAGAAUCCGGGAAAGACUAUUUCUGAUUUGGGGAAAUUUGGAAGAGCGAGUAAGCAAACUUCUGUCCAAGGGAACCUCGAGUGACCAAAUUCCGAAAGAAAUUGAUGAGACUCCAUGGUUUGAUAUAUUCGUUACGGAAUACAUACCCCUCAGUAAUGCAGAAUCGCAACCAAAAUCUUUUUUGUCAAAACGAUGGAGAGCUUUUGGGACAAGAAUAAUAUAAUCUAAACGAUCUGUACGCUUCUCCAGUCCUUAUAGAAUAUAUUGUUCUAGUAAAAUCUUUUUUACUAUUAAUGAAAGAGAUUUUAUUUAAAAGUAAUAACUAUAAUAUGGAAAAAUAUGAAGGCAUCUAGGAUUUUCAUAAUAAGUCGAAAAAGAAAUCUAAUAUUCGAAUUAAAUAUAGGCAUGCAGACGUCCGAAGUGUAAAAAUGGACCACAUAUCUAAACAGGCUUUUGUUUGUCUUCAUUCACACGAUAUGAAGUUUCUUCAUCACUUUCAUCGUCCACAGCAAAGAGAGCUUGAUGCUCAUCUGCAUUCCCGGUCCUCGCGCCAUGCUGAGCUUCCGAAGUAGACUGUUCUUGAUACAUGGGCAAACUUUCGUGAGAGACUGAGGAUGUCAUUUCGAAUUCAUCAACGUCUUGGGCUACUUGUUCACUCAUAGCAAAACGACGAUUGUUUUCCGUAGGUCUCCAAAUAUACAAGAUAGUUACCAUCAAAAAGAAAGAAAGUAUAUCAGCA